AUGAACAGCAACCACGACUCCGGAACCGAGACAGGGACGGACCAUAGUCCCUCCCGCUUUACAGCCGUCAAUGGCAGGGACUCGAUCGGGUCUGGCGCUACCACGGCCGCUCCCGGGAGCGGCCCGAACAGCACUGGGGGCAAGCAGCCUGAGCUCCGUGAUCAAUGGGCAAAAAGCAACCAUGAAUCCGUAAAUCGACCCGGUCAUGACCAGGAAGAGAGAUUGUCCCCCAAGUCCUCCUCCCAGAGCGCCUCUCACGAGAACAGGAACAAACGCAAGAGGUCUGAGUCGAGGGAGAGGUCGCUGCAAAAUGCAGAGGGACCCGGUUUCUCAAAAAGUCCAACCCAUCGUGCAGGAGACGACUGCAACUCCCACCCCAAUGGAGCACUGUCCGGCCCAGAUCAGGAAGUCCGCCCCCCAUCCACCGCACCCAGCCCAAGGUCAGAUACCAACGAGGGUCCUCCGGCGCCGUCUGCCAAUGGUCCAUGGCAGGAGUAUGAUUCUCACUUGGUCCACCAGGCACAGCGCGCCCAGCAGAUCGAUGCCUCCGAUGCACAACUCGUGGACGCUCUGCAACGGGAGAAUCAAGGUCCGGAAUCUUCUCAGCGGAGUGUCAGCACCAGUCAUUCCUUGCCAGGCUCGACGACCAGUGUUCCGCCGGCCUCGUCUAACGUCUAUCCCCCAGAGCGGUCGACAGCCAGCUCCCAAGUCGCUCCGAAGAGGAAGCGUGUCUUCAGCAACCGAACCAAAACGGGCUGUAUGACCUGCCGCCGGAGAAAGAAGAAAUGUGACGAGCAGCAUCCCGCAUGUAACAAUUGUAUUCGUGGUGGUUUCCUAUGUGAGGGGUAUUCGUCGCGGAGUACCUGGCAAAAGCCUUCCACUUCAAAAACGCCCGUUCCGCUGCAGUCCAAAGAAGGAUAUCCCGAAAUUGGUGGUCAAUAUUUACCAGAAUCCAUUCCUCACCAUGACCGACAACCCGGGAUGACAGAGCAGGUCGAGGCGGGCAAGAUGAGGACACUCGGCCUUGACGGUGGUGACCGAUCUAUCCCGCAGUACAACACCAGCCCGACCGGUGUAGGGUCUAGUCAUGGGCCUUGGUCGAAACAAGGAUGGCCAGCAACAGGGCAUCCACCUUAUGUAUCGGAGCAUAUGGCCAAAACGGAAUUUCGAGAGGUCCCACCGAUUCAUGAAUUAUCACGAGAAGGCCCUCCCAAGUCGGACUAUCCGGUGGUCCCUUCCAUUCGAGAUCUCUCGCAUGGACGGCACCCUAAAUCGAAUAUGCCCCUCUUCCAGGGUGGUAUGGAGCAACGACCAUUGCCUGCGGCGACGAUGAACCCCAACAGCCCCCAGGCCCAAGCUCGAAUGGCUCUCAGCAUCGAGCAUCAACUGUCCGGGCACGCUGUGCCAGGUGACGAUACGCAGAAAGCAAUGAUGAUUCGGGGUGAGCGCUAUCGACCAUUCGACGUUCAGCUGGUAGAGGAGAGAGACCGGUGCAAGGCUGCAUUAUUCAAAUUCAACAAUGCUUGCAAUCCGCUUAAUGGGAUCAGCUCCAAAGAACAGAAUCGUCUUCUCAAGGAGAUUUUCGUUCCCCCAUCCAGCUCCGUUGUCAACUCGCCCCCGGGCGCGCCGCGUUCUGCAGGCUCCCUCGGAACGGGUGUUGUCGUGGAGGCCCCCUUUAAAUGCCACUACGGUUACAACAUUCACAUUGGAGAAGAUGUAAUGAUCUCGGAGAAUUGCUUGUUGGUGGAUGACUGUCCCAUCCGAAUUGGCGCUCAUACCUGGAUCGGGCCGAAUGUUCAAAUCCUCAGUUCCAUGGCUGUGGUCCAGAUGCAGGAGCGCAAAGGCCCCCAGAGCGCGUAUAUGGGUCGUCCGGUCACAAUCGAGGAAGACUGCUACAUCGGGGCCGGGGCCAUUAUCUUCCCCGGGGUGCGCCUGGGUCGAGGCGCGUAUGUUGGGCCUGGGGAGCUGGUCGCGUCCAACAUUGACCCUUAUCGAUUCCAAGGGAUGAAGCCACACUAUAUGUGA